CUUCCACAAUGCUCCUAAAAAUACUUCGGCACAUACCAUUGCUUUCAUUGUUUUAACUUUCCAAUUUUUUUAUGAGGAAAAUGUCACAUGUCAAGAAGCCCUCUGAAACGAAUAAGCGAUUAUAUAAAUUGUUGUACAGCUGUAGUUAUCAGAACCCUUAAUACAAUGUUACGCCCUCAUUCCCAAGGCAAUUGCUGGCAGUAUGUCUCACUGGACGCAGACUUGCCCCGAGUUCCUCCUUCCUUGUUGCCCACAAGAUCGUGUCUUGUUAGGUGCUACGACUGGGACGCCACAGAAAGAGGUACUUGAAGCAAGUCUGUGCUAAGCGGGACUCAGAAAAUUUUUCUUGAUAUCUAAUUCGACUUUAUCUAGCCCCAGAACACAACUCAUAAGGAGUCAUUUUUUUAUUUUCCCUAGGCGACUUAUUCAGCCGUGACAAAACAUAUGCAAGUAUAAUUGUGAUUGAUCUGUGUGUGGAUCUAUUCUUCUUCUGUGAUAUCAUUGUCAACUUUCGCACAACAUACAUUGGAAAGAAUGAUGCUUUGGUUGCAAACCCUAAAAAGAUCGCUAUACGCUAUUUAAGAACCUAUUUUAUUGUUGAUCUCGUUGCUGCGAUACCGUGGGAUUUAAUUGCUGUACCUGCACUUGAGGUAAUUAUUUCUUAUUCUGAACAAAAUUAUACUAGAAAGACCAAAGUAAGAAAUGUUGUAAUAAAACGAGAUCUCUAAAAAUUCGGAAUCGAUCUACAUGCAUUUAUAUGGUUACAGGCUAGAGAUUCGUCUGGGACUAUAACCUACACACGUGGAGGUUAAAAGAGCUGGUAUCAAAGAGUGUUUUGUUUGAUGUGGCAACCUUGUGCAUGGCGUUAUUACGAAAUUCACCGAACUGUGGAAUCGCAUCAAAAAUUCGUAUCGCCGCCACUCCCACAAACGCCUACGACCAGCCAAUCCGGUUCUUGGUAACAAUUACAAUUAAACGUCGACUGGCUGUUUAAAAUUAGAAUUGUAAACAAUGCAAAAAUAUGUAGGUGGGGUCGUAGACGUUUGUGGGAGUGGCGGCGAUACGAAUUUUUGAUGCGAUUUCCACAGUUUGGUGACUUUCGUAAUAUCGGAACACACUACUGGGACAUGAAACCAGUUCAGCCUUCAAUUCGACCCAGAAAGUGGGAUUAUUGCAUACAAAUUGUCUUUACAAAGUUUAAAGUUAGGAUGAGAGGCGGUGGUUAGUCGCUGAUACUGCUGCUGAGUUUCAACGACAAACAUUUUUAUUCCAUUUUUAGAGUACAACAUCGCUGAGCCUCCUUAAGACAGUUCGUCUGUUGCGUCUGUUCCAAGCUGCGAGACGAUUGGACCAGAAUUACGAGAAAAGUGUUUCAUUGCUAUUUCUCAUGGUGUUUGCAUUCUCGCUGGUUGCUCAUUGGUUGGCAUGUGUCUGGUAUACUAUUGGCUACAAUGAAAACAACAAAUCAAUUCCCAACUCAUGGCUGUCCCAGCUGGCUAUUAACAAUGAAGAACCGUUUUAUAAUCAAACUAUUGGUGGACCAUCCUUGAGAGCUCGCUAUCUCACCUCGCUUUAUUUUACAUUAACAUGUUUAACAAGUGUAGGGUUUGGUAACGUGUCAGCAAAUACAGAUUUUGAGAAGCUCUUUACCAUUGUGAGCAUGUUGAUUGGAGGUAAGUUGUGAAAUAGGAUAAUUUUUGAAUAUGGAAUUAAGAAAGAAACUAGAGGAUUGAGUAUGCACAAUCUAAAAGCCAGUUAAGUGUAACCAGUCCAAGUUAUCAACUCAUGAUGUGCAAAAAUUCCUUGUUUUGGCAAAAAUCGCCAAAUUCAUUGUUCACUUUUCAGUAGUUGUACAACGAUUUUCUCAAAAUUUUACUAUUGACCGAUUCAAAAACAAGCUACCACGAUUUUACAUGAUUUAUUAUUUUAUGCAUUACCAGAAACUGUUAGUCUAAGCAAAACGAUCCAUGGAAGCAAAAUGAACGUCGGUAUUUUUAACAUUUAAUUUCUCAAAGAAAAUAUUAAGUAAAACUGUUAGUCUUUUGAAGUACAGUAUUUUAUAAGGCCGCAGUGAUUACCUUGGCUGAAAGUAAUAUCGGAAGAAGAAUGACAACUAUUUUUCGAAUUAUUGGUCUAUAGGCACCUCUGCUAUUUGAUAUAUUAACGAUGAUUUGAAUUGUUGGCGGGUAUUGAAUGUUUUCUAAAUAUAGCAACAUUUUUCCCCAAUGGUAUAUAAUAUAUUAUGUGAAAUUUCUUAAAAUCGAAUUUUAACUUCACGUGUGCAAAUACAUGUAUUUGAAAUAUCACAUGGCUAAAUUAAGUUGGAGUUUCCAGCUCAAACACCAUGCGAUUAAAGGUGUAGCAGAUAUAAACAUUCACAUCCCAACGACGUUUCUGCCAAGCAUGUAGCGAAAUGUGCAUCUCAUAAAACUUUCGUAAGCCUCUGCUUCUUCUUUUGCUAUUGGCAACUAUUAUAAAUGUUGUUUAUUUUAGCAUUACUGUUUGCUGCUGUGUUUGGUAAUGUUUCCGCCAUCAUAUAUGGCCACUAUUCCGGAACAUUCAAGUUCCGAGAACGAAUGCAGUCUGUGAAGUAUUUUCUUGGAUUUCAUAAAAUUAAAGGUCCUCUGGCACGAAAAGUGAAGGAUUAUGCACGACACAUGUGGACACAGACGAAAGGAAUUUCAACAAUGAAGGUAAAGGAAAACGCCUUAAACAAGGCUACUAUAAUGACAGUGAUAUAAUCUUGAACGCGGUCUGUGCCAGUGUAGGUAAUAGGCCAAACCAAACGUUAACUUCUUCAAAUAAAUGGUAGUAAAGAUAAUUCGUCGUAUAUUAUCAACCGCGUGAAUUUAAUACAGUCUUAGAAGUUGAAGACAUGGGUUUUAUGGUUGGGAAGAGUUCUGCUUAACCCAGUUUGAAGUUGCACUUGUUGCGGCUUGAAAUGCAGCCGUUGUAUCAAUCUGUGAUUUGGCGUUGUAAACAGAGCGAAGGACAUUGUCUAAAUUAUUCAUAUAUUGUAAUUAUUCAAUUCUUUUCAAUGAUUUAUUGUAUUGGUAGCCGUUGCCGUCGCGUUGCCGUCCUAAAUCGUAAGGUCUCUAAUGCCAAUAAUAAGAAAACUUCGGAUAAGGAUGCAACUACCUGAAAAAUACAAGGAGAACUUCGCCGUUUCGAGCGAAGGCCUUUCGUCGGGAAGUUAGUAACGAAGUAAGUCGUCGUAAUAUUCAGGUAGUUGCAUCACUAUCAAUGACAGUAUUUAUUGUAACAGUAAGACAUUUCACAAACCCAAAAAUGUCAUGGAUGGGUGACUCCUUAGUUUCCUUGUCCAAUAACUCAUAGAAUUACAAUCAAACUUCAACUUACAUUGAAUUUUCGCCAAAACUUUGAACUCAAGACGACAAGAGAGAUAGCGACAGAAACACCACCUCCAUGACAACGAUAGCCAAUAGAUUAGUCGAACCAAUUUCAACGAUUCCUUUCUUCUCUAGGUGAUGAAACAGUUUCCAAAAAAUCUUCAAGAAGAAAUAAGUUGUUAUUUACACUUUAACGUUGUCAAAAACUGUCAACUGUUUGAAAGCGCUGAAGAAGGUUGCUUAUGGGGUUUGGCUACAAGGAUGAUUCGACUUCAUCAUCUUCCAAACAACGUCAUCAUACGACAAGGAUCCAUUGUAAAUUCUAUUUAUUUCAUCAACCGAGGUAGACUGGAUGUUUGUCGAAACGGAGCAGUGGUUGGAACUCUUGGUAAGGUUUUCCAUAUAGUUGAAAAUAUUUUAAAUCCAAAGAAAAAAGAUUAUAUUUCCAGAGCAUCAUGGUUACAUUGUCUUUAUUUGAUCACUUGCUUCAUUCACCACAACAGUGGAACAAUUGCAGAGGAUGUAAAGAGACUGGGAGAUAGUAAUGAAGGGAGGGAAGGGGAUUGCAGAAAAGAAAACAAUGUCGAGGAGCCUUCCACCAAUUAUUCCUGACAAUCCUCCUUUAUCACCUCCUUUUCCAUCAGAAAACGAUAGAGAGGUUGAUUUAUGAAAUACGAAAAUUGAAUAUUUACAGACACAUUUUGACACUAAAUACAUGCUGUGGAUACAAUUUAUUUCAGAACGUGAAAUUAUUUGGGAAUACAAAAAGAUCCGUCAUCAUCACACAGAAUUGAGAACGCUAAAUCUUAACGGAAAAUUUAUUAUAUAUUUUGUAUUCCUUUGUGAUAUAAAGUUUUGGUCCUUUGUUAUAGGUGAAGGUGAUGCAUUUGGUAAUUUGAAUUUAACUGAAAAUAGUGGCGUACAUAAAUCAGCAGUGAUGCUGCGUUGUUCAUGCUGUGUUGACAUUCAUAUUUUGGAAGUAAAUGAUCUCAAGGAAGUCUUGCAAAUGUUUCCAGAGUUUAGCAAGAAUCUCAAGAAGAAAAUGAGUACUAUAAUGAAAAAAACAGUACUUACAAGCCAGGUACAUUUUCCGAUAUAAUAUAAAAUUUAUAUUCAAAGAAAUUGAUCUCUACAUUACGUUUGUACAGAAUAUUUUAUACUGACUUUGUAGAUCCUGAGUUCGUGGGAUGCAAUAGAAGUUGAAGAAACCUGUUCUGAACACCACGGUUUACAUUUCUUCACCUCGUGGCUUGGACGACAGAAAGCGAAACGAAAUUGUAAUGCGCAAGACCAUGAGAUUAGUUUCUCACAAAAGAAAAAGAACAAGAAAGGAGGAAUAAACGAAACAUUAGUUGCACUUCCAUUGUGUGUUCUGAGUUCAACAUGUGGCUCUAAUGAUGACGUUCAAAAACUCUGGAGGUUUGCCAAUAUCAUUGAGAACAAUAAAGAAGAACAAAUAAAUGGCAUACCACAUGGAAAACAUAAUUUUACUAAAAUAAAUGAAAAACUUAAUGAAGACGAUCUUAACUUUGAGCAAAGUAAUCCGCAUUAUGAGCAAAGUAAUCCGCCACAAUGUCGUCACAGGCGAGGUCAAAACAUCACGGAUAAGUGGACAUGCGAUCAGGAACCUGCAGAAGAACAGAACAGCGAGUCAGAGGAAUCGACAGCAAGUCAUUCUCGAGGUUGUGAGUUUCAUGAACCACCUUUAGAAAAAGAUGAUGAAACGAACCAAGGAAAACUUGAAUCAACUGUUUAUCAUAUGAACAAGAAACUGCAAAUACUUGAGACGAAAAUGGACGCAAUACUUGCCCUCGUGGAACAACAGCAAUCCUCAAAGAAAAGUUGAAAAUAUUUCAGUACAGAUCUAAGCAAGGAAGCACCCUUAUUCAGUAGAACAGAACUGUCAUGGUGGAGUGAAGUGCCAGCAGAAUCUCGCAAUCAUAAUCAACCAGCACUGAUGAAAACCCAAAAUGAACCACACCAAGGCAGAUAGUGAUAAAUAUCGAAUGAUAAAUAUGAAUGGUUUAAGUAGAAUUUAUGUAUACAUGUAAUAUAGUCUAUAUAUAACGUUAGACAUUCAUUCAUAUAACACAAAAGACAUUCACUCAAAGUAUAAGUUAUUGACCGAGUUAGAGGUCCGGGCAACAACAGAUUUUCGGAUUUUAAAAAAUUCGAUUUUAUCAAUAAAAAAAUAAAUUGAAAUAAAAUUUCAUUUUAAAAAUAAAAUUUUAUUUAAAAUCUGGAUUUUAAUAAAAUUCGAAAACAGAGCAGUUUUCAGUGUUGCUUCACUUUAUAGUUUGCCAGAAAGCUUUUUCUGUACAUGUAAACAACGUUUUAACAGAAACUAGAUAAGAGUAGUAAGUUUUAUUUUAUAUAAAAAACUUACCAAAUUUUAGUCACAUAUUUCUUCGCGAGCCGUCGAUCUCAGUGAAUAGUUGUCUCUGUACUGCAGAUUAACGACCGCUCAGGAACCAAUUCCUCUCGGGCGUUUCAGGAUACUCAUUUUGGAUCCGGAACAUGCACAUAAUUCCCCUUACAUGCAUAAACGUUCCCCUCGAUUUUCUCAGUUAAGAUCACUUCUUUUUUAGUAAUCUCUUAAAACACAACUGUAUAUAUAGUAUUUUGUUUCAACUGAUAGAUAUUUGUCACCCUUGCUGAGGUAAACAACCCCACCAACAAUUGAAUGCCUUCUUAUUUUUCAUUGCGAUUGUGGGAAGCUUCAGCGUGAAAGAACGCAUGCUCCAAGAUAUUGAAUGUUUCAGAAGUCGGCAGUCCAUCAAUUCAUUUGAAAAAAAAUUGUUUCAUAUGAUUUCGGGAAUAAAUACUUGUUCUUGUGAUAAAUUUCUGCUUCUGUUUAGUUAAAAGUUAAAUGAAUUAUUACGAUGUUAUGAGGGAUCGUAAUUUCCGCGUUUCCGCAGUUACGUAUAUAUUAGAGAGGUUCAGAUUUGACUUCCGCUACCACUACUUCUCACUGGCUUGCAAUGGAAUACCUUAGCUUCAGGCCUACAGAAAAUACACAUCAGAUGGACCAUUGAACAACGGUAAUGACAUUUUUACCCAUAUUGACAAUACUAACCAAAUUGAACGAGUUAUAGUCGGUUUCACGAAACUUUGACCACAAAUGUUCCGAACUUCGUUGCGAAGUUCGCAAGUUCGUUGCGAAGUUCAAAAGUUCAUAAUGCGAUUCACAAACCAGUUUUUUUGUAAACUGUACGCAUUUGAUUGGCUUCUUUUACUUCAGGGACCAAUCGGGGACUUUGUUUACAAGUUGGCUUGUGAAUUCCAAUAUGAACUUCCGAACUUCGCAACGAAGUUCGGAACAUUUGUGGUCAAUGUUUCGUGAAAUGGAUUACAAUGAUUGUAUUUCUUGUAGUUUCCCUUAAUCGUACACAAAUACAAUACAAAAUGCAAUAAUAAAUAUAUUAUGCUAUGAAUGUUUAUUGCGACUAUAUGCCAUGCAUGAUUAUAUCCUUAAUGUUUCUCUAUCACUUCACAGAAACGAACAUCACUAGUUUAAAUUACAGUGCCAUCUGCAUCCCAAAAUCAGUGAAAAUCAAGAUGUAAUUCUAUACA